AUGUCAACACCGGUAGACCUUGGAGACGUAAGGACAGCCACUGAGCAUCUCGCCGUCUCCUCGGGGAAUGUUCAGCUGCUUGCAGUCACCCAUAAGGAGGGUAUUGAGAAUCAAUAUCCUCUCCCAGGAGUGGACACUGUGGGAGGACAGUUACCCCAUUUUCCUAUUCCAGUAUUGAAGCUCGGCUCCAACGAUGGAACAAAUGGUGCAUUGGCUUCGAAAAGAAAACGACAUCCUCUCAAGCCACAUCGAUCCAAGCACUUGGGGAACCCAGACCGUCCAUACCUCCAUCAUCCAAAAUACCUCGAAUACAGAUCUCGACCGAGGCAGGACAUUGGGAAAGAUGGCAAACCGAUUUGGCCGGACAAUAUCGAGGCUGCCUUUCAGGACGCGCUUGUGCACAUCAAGCCGAUGGGUCGAAAGAAAUGCUCACAACGAGGAAAGCCUUAUGGACGAAACAUGCUCAUUGCCGAGUGGAUAUACCGAGCAACCGGUCAGAAGCGAGAACGGAAACAGGUCUCCAGUCACAUACAGGUCCUCGACAGAUUUCUCCAAGGCAUUCCAGAAUGGGACCGGUUGAUCAAGCCUGGCGAUGACGACGAUACCAGUCCUUCGGAGGGUCACAAGUUUUACCACAACUCUAUCGAGCACAUGGUCAACGAGCAAAAGGCAAGAAGCAAAGCUAGGCUGCACAGCGAUGGCAUCUGGGAGGACGAGCUCGAGGGUCACCAAGAUCCAUUCGUCAAUGGAACCCUAGCAGGUGACUUGGCUGUUGUGCCGCGCGUUGAACGACUGAAUUUUGAGAUGUGGGUAAGCUCACCCGUUGACCACGAGACUGCUUUGCACUGCUAUACCGGACUGAAACCUACAAAACUCAUGCCGUUUCCCCUGGAAGAACUUGGCGGGUGGCGACUGUCAUUUCCGCACCUGAAGUCCCUGGUUGAUCACGGAAAGCGCCUCGACAACUGCGACCUUAUCCUCCUCAAUGCCAGCUUCAAAUUGAUGGACGAUUUCCCACCGCGACACUCCAAGCUAGGCAUUUGCUUCGAACUCAAGUAUCCAGAUCCAACUUGGAAAAGUCUCCAGCAAGACGCGAAGCUCAACAGGUGGUCUUGCGUCACCUACAUGUACCGUGAAGGUGUGCUCAUCACCGAGCCUACUCGUGAGGAGUGCCAGACCCAAGACCACUGGAAGGUUCGACCGUUCUUCCAGUCGAAGUGGUGGGCGUCGACGUUCACCUCUCUCACGGAGGCGAGAAAAGUGGCCGAAGAUUCCAAGGAUCACGAGGCCAUCGAGAUCGCCAACGAGCAAUCCCGCAGUUUCUUCCGCGGCCUCUCGAUCAUGCAGGAAAUAUAUAUUGUUCGCCCCUCCACCGAGAGCCACUUCGGCGACGGCGCGAAACGGGAGUCGCGAAAGAGGACGGCGAUCCUGCUCUGGCAAUUUUCCCAAGCAACAGCUGACAGCGUCGGAGCCACGACCUGGCAGAACCUGAUUCCUCCCCCGGAUCGGCUGGCAACGAACAGCCCGUUCCCGCACGGCGUGGAGAUGAGCCUCCCGCCGCUCUCAAUGGAUUCCAUUGUCGACUGUUCACCUGGCGUCGGGUCGUUCGAAAGCAAUAGCCACUUCCAGCCCGAGCACGGCAUGUCCUACGACCUGUACCCCGACGCAAUGGACGAGGAACUGUGUCAGGAUGGAUUUAUGGCCCUGAAGCACGACCCGAUCCACGAUUUCGGCCACUUGCAGUCCUCCUUCGACGUGGGCUCGAACCAUGAGUUCACUAGUCUCGAACCCUCCAUUCACGACACAUUCGGUCUCCCGCACGCCAGUCUGCCCCCGUGGUCCCCACAAGUCGACGAGCAGGAUGAGGCACUGCGCCACGCCUUGCUGGCCGCAUCGGGCAUGGACCUCGACGCCGGAGCGCCUCCGCCACACGCGUCGCCCGCGCCGCGGCCGCAGCAGGAGUACCAAAGCCAUGCCGACACAGAGAGUCACGCACUGUAG